AUGUUCCUCCAUCUUCGCUCUGAGAGUCUGGCCUCCAACCUCAGCGAGCAUGAGGAUGGGCUCGGCCACUGCGGGGACAUGAGUUUAGGCAUCAUCAUCUGGGCUUCUCUCAGCACCCUCUUCUCCCUGGUUGGGUGUCCGGCAUGCGUCGCCGUCCUCUUGGAGCUUUUUCGGAGACACAAGGUGGGAACCUCCAUCACCCCCAACGACGUUUUCAUGCUCAACCUCACCGUCAUGGACCUGGUCUUCUUGUUUUUCAUCCCGUUCGGAUUGUGCAACUACAUCUUCUGGGACAUCAUCUCCUUUGGGAAGAUCACCAACUUCAUGUAUUCUCUGAACCUGGCUGGCCGGCCUCUCCUGACGGCGUGCAUCUGUCUGGACUGCUACCUGGCUGUGGUGCAUCCGGUCACCUACCGCGCCAACAAGAGCCUGGCUCCUCGGGUCCUCAUGGCCGCCGCCGUCUGGACUCUGACGGCGGCUCAAGGCAGCGCGUCCGUGGUCUUUGUGGAGCUGAACCACAGCGCCUGGGCCAUGCUGGUGUACAUCAUAGCGCUCCCCGUCAUUCUCAUCUGCGACGCCGCCAUCCUGUGGACUCUGAAGAAGUCGUACCGUGGAGGAGGAGACCUGCACCCCAAGAAGAAGAAGGCCCUGCAGGUCAUCACCAACAGCAUGGUCAUGACCGUCAUCUCCUACGUCCCCCCGGUGCUGGUGUACGUCUUCGGGAGUCUGAUAUUUCCUGACGAGAAGGAGUAUGACUGCUUUUUAGCAAUGCCUAUCCUCAUACUGCCGACUGCAGGGAGCACAAUCAUGCCUCUGCUCUAUUUGGGCAAUCUGGGGCGUCUGAAGAGCCCCUGCUGUUUGGAGUAG